CGAAAUUGCGUCUUUUUGUUGGAUUUCGCAAAUCAGUCAUGAAGUCCUUGGUGCUAACAUUCGCUGUGUGCAUUGCCGUGGCGUUGGCCACUCCAGUGGAAAAAAAUCAACGAAUCUUCAACGGUGAACUAGCGGAGGCAGGCCAGUUCCCCUAUGCAGUUGGGUUGAUUGUACCGGCAGGCAUUUGUGGAGGUUCGUUGGUUUCGCCAAACUACGUACUGACCGCGGCACAAUGCAUCGCUGGAAUCGAUAGUGCAACAGUGAUUCUUUCGAGCCUUCGUAUCUUCGACGUGGAAGAUCCUGGCCAGAUCCGUUUGGAGGCCACCCAGUUCUUGAUUCAUCCUGGUUACGAAAUCGCGCCCGGAAUUUUCGACGUAGCACUGAUCCGUCUUCCACAGGCUGUGACUGCGGUUAGGCCGAUUCGGUUGCCUAACUUGCGCCAAGUAGAGUCCACGUUCGUCGGGCAGCAGGCAACCAUCGUGGGUUGGGGAAGCAUGGGCCAGGGCGCGGCGCAAUCUUCGUACUUACGGUUUGCUAGAUCACCGGUUAUAACGACACUGAGCUGCCGAACAGGUCUGCCAACACAGCAGAUUACGGAUCAGCAUAUUUGCACCAACUCGGAACAGAACAGUCCGUGCCAGGGAGAUAACGGUGGACCAUUGACGAUCACCGAUGCGGACGGCAUCACCACCCAAAUUGGCAUGUUUUCGUUCAAUUCGAUCCUGGGAUGUGAAAGCAACAGACCGGCGGUUUAUACGAGAAUGUCUUCGUAUUUGAACUGGAUCGGUGACAAUUCUGACGUUGAGAUUAGAGACAAUUUUGACUAGGGGAAGGUUUUGUUCUAGAAUAAUGUUUUGUGGUUUUAAUCAAAUGAGGCAUGGUUGCUUAAUUCAUUUUUAGAUUAAAUUCAGAAAAAAAAAUAUUUGGCU